ACUGCGGCCGGCAAGAUGGCGUUCAGUGACAGCAAGCCGGGUUGCGUGUUCGACCACCACGUCCAGACGGCCGUGUGUGACUCGCGGGCCAAAUACCGGGAGAGCCGACGCCCUCGUGCGGUCAAGGUAUAUACAAUCAACUUGGAAUCUCAGUACUUAUUAAUACAAGGCGUGCCUGCAGUGGGGGCCAUGAAGGAAUUGGUUGAACGAUUUGCUCUGUAUGGUGCGAUUGAACAGUAUAACGCUCUAGAUGAAUACCCAGCGGGAUUUACAGAAGUUUAUCUCAUUAAAUUUGUGAAAUUACAAAGUGCAAGGAUAGCUAAGAAAAAGAUGGAUGAACAGAAUUUCUUUGGUGGGUUACUUCAUGUGUGCUAUGCUCCAGAAUUUGAGACAGUUGAAGAAACUAGAGAAAAGUUAGAAGAAAGAAAGGCUUAUAUUGCAAGAGCUACUAAAAGCAAAGAUUAUUAUUUGACAAAGAAGAAACUGGUUCCAGAGCAAAACGGAACAAAAGAUUCUAGACAAGAUUUUCAUUCACAUAUAUCCGGAUUUUCUACAGCUGCUUUGAACACUUCUCCUGAGAAUUCAAGUCCUUGUCUUCCUUAUUCUUGUGAAUUGCCUUUGUGCUAUUUUACCUCCCAAACCACACCUGGGGACCAUGUGGACGGAGCAUCAAACUCUUGUAGUUGCAGCAGGAACCAUGGUGAACUAUCAAAGCACUGUAACUACAAUGCCUUUUCCCCAGAACUACAGAUGAAUACUUACAAAAAUUCACUACCUUGCUCUAAUGUGCAAGAGGCUGUUACUACCUCAGAGUCAGUCGGCAGAUUUAUACCUAGGACAACACAGCUGCAGGAAAGGAAAAGAAGGAGAGACUGUGAUCGUGAACUCAGAACUUUUUCUGAAACAAACACAAGCAGUAACGAAGUUGUGAUUGGACCUAAGUUACCAGGUCUUCCCACAGUGGAUCUGCAGGAUGACUCCUUGAAUACCACAGCAAACUUAAUUCGGAGUAAACUUAAAGAGGUGAUUUCAUCUGUGCCAAAGACUCCAGAGGAAGAUAUAUAUACAAGUCACCCACGAAAACAAAGAAGAAGAAUAUAGCUUGCCAGCAAAAUUCAUCCCAGGGAUCCUGACAGCAGGAAUAAAAACACAGGAAAUGGACAUCACCCUGGGCGUUGCAGACCAGGAGAGCUACUGCUGCGCAGAGCUGCGGAUCAGCACACCUCCCCUACUGCUCUGCAGAGCUGCGGAUCAGCACACCUUCCCGUGCCUAGCUCACUUCCUCCCUCUCCUUAGUCAUGAGGACCAGAGGGAUACUAAUGUCUGGUGUUAGGGCGUGUUGAGCUUCAUCCUCAUUCUCUUAUAGUUUGGAGCACACACUUCUCCAGUGAAAAGGCAACAAAUGACACCCAAAUAACACAUGCGUAUAUUCAAGGCCUGUUUAUCUGCUGGGCUCACACAGACUCAGAAACCUUAGUCUUGUCAGUGGACCCUUAGUGGCUGUUCUUAGCUGGGCUGUAACAGUGGCGACAGUUGAGCAUGACAGACUCAGCAAAGGCAAUGGGUCACAACUGGAUCUCCCAAUUUAUCUUUGGUGGGUUUUCUUCUAUUCUUUUUACAUUUAUGCAUGCAUGCAAGCAUGCAUUUGUGCUCAUAGAGGUCAGCAAACAACUUUCAGGACUGGUUCUUCUACUGUGUAUGCGUUCAGGUUGACAGGUGGCAAGCGCCCUCACCUGACGAACCAUCUUGCUGGCCAUUAUGAGGCAUUUUCACAAGGGUGUUGUAGAGAACACUGAUUUCAUUCUGUUUGUUAUAUAAGCACUCAACUGUGAAUAAUCAUUCCUGGAAGAAGCUCCAUCUACUAAGGCUGACUAAUGAGAAUUCCAGUAAUUUUGAAUAUUUGAAGUCUAGAGCCCUUAGACUUGGACUAUCUUUAGCUACUUUAAAUGGCCAUUUAUUUUCUCCUCUGAAUGUUAUCUGACAUCCUGGUGACUAUUAGGUAAUCCUUUGGAUAAUGUUUCCACCAGCCCAGAAGCUAAGAAUGUCACCAGUGAGGCCUGUAACAAGUCCCCCUGUUAUGCUGUGACCACCUACCCAAUUGCUGCCACCAAAUUUAAGUGUUUGAUCUAUCUAUGACUUUGUGGUCACAAAUAUGCAAAUUGGGUAAACCUGAAUCUAUGUCCCAGCUGUGGUCACUCUAGUUAACCAGCUCCAGGAAAACGCUCUCUUGUCCCUUUUAGGGUGACGGUUCUGUCACUGCACCAACACACAAACAAAGGAUUGACGUCAUAGCACUAAGAUAGUACUUGUUUCUUACAUUUCAUCUUUCUUUUCAAAAGUUCCUCGAGAAACACUGACAAUGCAUUGAACCCACUCUUGUACAUUUAUAUAGUUAUCACUGUCUUUGUCAAUACAUAGAACCACUGAAAAGGAAAGGAGUGUGUAAGUGUAUUGUAAUUGUUUUAUAAGACACACACACACGCACACCAUUUAUUAGAAAACAGUAAAUCAAGGGGAACUGUUUUUGGUGUUAGCUUUUGAAAGAAUCACAAUUAUGGUAAUGUGGGUUUUUCUCUGUAUUUCUAAAGCAGAGUAGUCAGUCCACACAAGAGCAGUAACCUUCAUUUGGUGGUGUUUCAUGUAGUUGCUAAAGCAAAGAAAAUCUAGAGCUAAUUAGCAACAAUUUAAUAAUCAAAAAAAAGCUGUGAGAAAUCUGUUGUAGUUUUCCACGUCUCAAACUAAAUUACUAAUGUUAAACAUUUUUAAGUUCUUAUGUAUUUCUCACUUCUGUGUGUUGUGAGUGCACGAACAUGUACCAUGGCCUUGCGUGGAGGUCAAAGCCUUGUGGAACUGGCCUCUCUUCCAUUUUAGGUUGGCUCUGGGGACUGGCAGCUCAGGAAGCCAGACUUACUGACCUAUCUUGCCAGUCCAGUUUUUAAAAGUUAUCAAUGAAACUUUAGUAUCCUAUAGAAAACAUUCAAAUGUUAUUUGAUCUUUGGAGAUGAGGGGUAUAUUGAUGAUUUUGUUUGUGGCAAUGGUUUCACAGAUAUUCAUGUGUCAAAUCUUAUCAAAAAUGUAUUUUUUAAUGAUUUUCUACAGAAUUUAACGAGAUAAACCACUUUCGUGUUUUAGACACGUGACUUUAAAUAUUUCCAAUAUAAAAUGUCAUUUUUUUUUUUUUACUGACACAUUUCUAUGAAGAAAAAACGCCAAUUAAUGAUUUACACAUUGGUGACCUGGACUUUCAUGAUCCACAUCUGUGGCGUGUACUUUCAUGAUUAAAAGCCCUCAGUUGUUUGUCCUUAAAAAAUACCGCUAGACUCUUUAGUUCAGUGGUGGUGAUUUCUCAAAACUUCCCUGCUGUGAGCUACAAAAUUUGAAAUCCAUCCUUACAUUCCCUCUGGCUACUGUGUGUAGCACUCUCCUGCCAGGAUUAUUCCUUUCUAGUUUGGCACUGAGAAAGUCCAGUCUUGUGGAAUAGACAUGCGGAUGGGUUCAGUUUUGGGUUGGUUCAUUUCAAUUUGUUGUGACUCCUUACCCCUAUUCAUCAACGUAUCAUCAGUCAUUCCAAAUAUGUUGUGUAGGAUCCCCCGAAAUGUGUUGCAGUCUAGUCUGGCAUUAGCAAGAUUUCCACUAGGUCUUUCCGCCAAGCUACAGAAAAGGCGUAUGAGACAUUCAACCUCACUUUUCUUGACUGUAAAAUAAGAAGACAAAAAGGAUACAGAGUUAAUCACUGAGUAAUUCAAUGCAGUCACAGCUAGUUAGUUCUUAUGAUACCAAACGGCCAUAUAGGAUGUGAAUUUGUUACUGAGUAGUUUGUAGUGUUUUGCUUCUACCAGAUCUGCAGGCUUCAAAAUGGAAAUUUGGAAUUGUCACACAGGUGGCUCUCAUUCCAGACUUAGAAAGUGAUGUUUAGGCAUGCACAGGUGAUGUACAAUCAGGACAGAAACCAGGCGUUAGGCCUGGGGCUGGGGACAAGUCUUAAAGCAUCUGGACUCUGUUUCCAUGUUUUUAUUAAAGUUGAUUUUAUUUUGGUCUUA